UUAUUUUUAUGUCAGAAGUGAGAUUCCCUCAUGCACCAUCCAUGAUCCAAUAACCCCCAAUCCUUAAAUCGUUGCUGUUUCAACUUGCUCUCUCUCUCUCUCUCUCUCUCUCUUUGUCUAGCCAUUUCCAUGGAGAUGCAGCCUGGCAUGGAGGUUAGCCAUCAGCAAUUUCUAAAGAAAGAAGAUGUAAAGAUAAACAAAGCCCUCAAAAGAGUCCUCCUCUUGAUAAACUGUGCCAUGUUGGGCAUCGGCAACUGUGGCGGACCCCUUCUGCUACGGCUCUACUUUGUGCGCGGUGGAAAACGAAUUUGGUUCUCAAGCUGGUUGGAGACUGGUGGUUGGCCAGUCAUUUUAUUCCCUUUCGCGGCUUCUUACUUGCGCCGCCGUCUUAGCAAGGGAGGAGGAGAUUCACCUGAUACCACUAGACUCUUCUUCAUGAAGCCCUUCAUCUUCGUAGCCUGCGCCGUUAUCGGAAUCCUCACCGGAUUGGAUGACUACAUCUACGCCGCCGGCGUGGCCCGUUUACCUGUUUCCACUGCUUCCCUCAUAAUUGCAUCUCAUCUGGCCUUCACUGCAUUCUUUGCUUUUCUUCUGGUUGGGCAGAGGUUCACCCCUUACUCUAUUAACGCGAUCGCUUUAUUAACGGUGGCAGGGGUGGUGCUCGGCCUCCAUACGAGCGGAGACCGCCCGGCUAAUGAGUCCAACAAGCAGUAUCUGAUGGGUUUCUUCAUGACCAUCGCCGCGGCGGCGUUGUAUGGGCUGGUUCUACCCAUGGUGGAGCUGACUUACAAGAAAGCCAGACAGACCAUUACGUUCUCUCUCGUCAUGGAGAUGCAGAUGGUCAUUUCCAUCUUUGCUACUCUUUUCUGCACAAUAGGGAUGCUCGUCAACAAAGACUUCGAGGUUAUUCCAAGAGAGGCAAGAGAGUAUGAGCUUGGAGAAGCAAAGUACUACUUGGUGGUGGCUUUUAGUGCAAUUAUUUGGCAAUUCUUCUUCUUAGGAGCAAUUGGUGUCAUCUUUUAUGGUUCCUCAUUACUCGCUGCUGUCAUAAUCACUACCGUACUACCAAUCACAGAGAUCUUAGCCGUUUUCAUCUUCCAAGAGGCAUUCAAACCUGAGAAGGCGAUUUCUCUCUUUCUGUCAUUAUGGGGCUUUGCCUCCUAUUUCUAUGGUGAGUUCAAAGGAAGCAAAAAGAGAAAUAAAAUUCCAGAACCAGAAAAUCCUCGACUCAAUCCCCCAUUAUCAUCAUCUCCAGUCACUACUCCAAAGUAGUUGAAGGGGCACAUUAAACAAGUGCAUCUUUGCUGCCGGAAGCCAGGGGUUGUUAUAUCUUAGAUCCAAUUUUGCAUACAAUUUGGUUUCACCACAAGGGGACAAAUAUUAAUUUUAAAAGGGUGUCAAGAAGUGGCACAUCUUAUCCUUCUAGCAUCGUCUCGGAAUAACAACUCAAGUUCGAUGCACUCUCCUAUUGCUUCAGUGCUACAAACAGAUAAGUUUGUGUCUCAUAUAAAGUUAACCACAUUUUAACAACUCGGACUUACUGCACCCUUAUGCUUGAUGCUUUGAUAAAGCAAAGGUUCUUUCCUAUGUGGAGAAAGUGAAUUGGUUUGUUCGGUUGUGCAGGCCUCCUUCAUUUACUAGUCAAGAUCAUUUGGGGCUGCCUUCAGUCACUACGCGACAGCUGGAAUCUUUGAUGAGUGCUUUCUUUUAGAAAUGAAGCAAAAGCAACAAAUUCCUCCAUACUAUAAGUUGGGGUUUAGUCUGCAAGCCAAGGUCAGAGGAAGGUCUUGGUAUUCGAGGAUAAAGGAAGUUUGUACAGCGGGUGUUACAAAGUCUAGAAUCCCUAGCCUCUACGUCGACUCCAUUUUUUAUUAGUAUCUUCAUCAAGACUCGAUAUGGAUUGUUUGAUUGUGCUCAGGGUUCUUCUCCAGUUUGGAGGCAAAUGUUGAAGCUUAGGUAUCUUGUAAGAUGUGUGAUUAAAUCGAACAUCGAUGAUGGUAAUGCUACCUUCCUAUGACUUCAUCCCUGACAUCCCCCAUGGGGUUCUCCUCACCAAGUACAGUGGCCAGAUCAGGCAUGAUGCAGGUGCAACACGUAUGUCUUCUAUCCAAGUGGAGGGUCAAUAGUGUUCAGGACAAGCUCCCUUCCUCUUCUCCAUUGCUAGCAGUUCAAGAUACUUGUAGGAACCAUGUUAUGAGUCGUGUUAGAGCCUUCCAAUCUCCUUUCUUCCUAUAAUCUCCCCUAGGGGUCUCUCCUAUUUGUUGAGGCCUCUUUUCAGUGUUUUUUUCUCUUUCCCCCUUCUAGGCGUCGUUGUAUUUUUGCACUUCGUUGAAUAUAUAUUCUAUUGACCCAAAAAAAAAACAUGAAACGUUAAGUUUGACUC